CGCUGGGGAUGGAAUGGAUAGUUAUCCGUUGCGAGGGCACGGGGGUGAUCUGCGCUAUUUUACAUGAUUGCAUUUGAUGUGACAGUUUUGGCUCAGUCUAAUGUAUUUAAUGUUAAUAGCCUACUUUUAAACAGGCUACCCCUCACAGACCCACAAACAAUACGUUGUUUUGAAGUUUGACAAGCUGUUGAAAAUCUUCUGCCAUGGAUACUACGUCAGAUAGGCAGGUACUGAAGAAGACGUUAGACACGUUUUUACGCCAAUACAUCUGUGAUACCUUAUCUGACAUCUGCAUCUUGGAGAACUUCUUGGACAGAAAAGAUAAAUGGUUCCUCCAGAGGGAAAUGGAGGUGGAAAUGAUGAGUGACAUCAGGGACCGGAAGGGUAAAAUCAGCCUCACAUAUGACCAUGUCCAGCAGUCCCAGGACAAGUUCAAGGCGUUUGGAGAAUUUUUAUGGAGCGGCAUGUCGUCAGUGACGGCUGACAGCAGACGUCAGGAGCUGGAGAAGGAGCUGGAUUCUGUGCUGCAGGACACCCUGGAGGGCCUGGUGAAGCUGCGGUGCUUUCUUAACGCUGUGGAGGAGCUGGCCGUGACAUCGCUCUUUGUGUUUACAAACGGUGACUACCUUCCCAAAGGGAUGAAGGCAGCCGAUGUCCGUUCGGUCAUCUUCGCCGCCAGGAUGGCUGCUCCUCUGCUGGUCCACUUCAAGAGGGACGACAUGUCUUUCUUCCUACCCAGCCUCAAUAAUGUGGAGGUGCUGUUGUUUCAUCUGGAUAAAUACAUACGCAUCUCACAGCAGAUCUGUGAAGGUUUGGAAAAAAGAACGAAAAAGAGUUUAUCAAGUGUGGCAAGGAGCUGGAGGGUGCUGAACUGUGAUCAAGCCAUCAAGGUCAACGAGAAAACAAGUGAGGAGUCCAUUGAGAAGAUGUUGGACCACAUAGACCAGCUCAACAUGAUCAGGACCAACCAAGAUGUGAGGCUGACGUUCCUCUUCCAGACAUCUGCUCUGUCCUUCAUCGGUCUCUUCAGCCAGCGCCACAGCAGGAUGGAACAGUUCCUCUCUGAUCUGGAGGAGAGUGCAAGACAGCUGGAUAACAUGAAAUUCGGGGCUAACAUUUCCACAGUAGCUGGUAGCUCAGUGGGCGUUGUUGGGGGUGUCUUGUCCAUAGUUGGUUUGGCCCUGGCCCCUGUUACUGCUGGUGUCUCCCUGGCUCUCACGUUGUCAGGGGUAGGUCUUGGGGUGACCAGUGGUGUAAACAGCCUGGUCACUGGCAUCACUGAAAUGGCUGUCAACAAAAAACAUGGUACAGAGGCUCAAAAUACAUUUCAGCGUUUCAUGGAGGAUGUUCAGAAGUUGGGAGAUUGUUUGGAGAUGGUAGGAAGCCUUGAAGGUAAUGCUCUUGUGUUAGCUGAGCAGAAUGUUGCAGUAGGAGUAGGGAAGGCAAUGGGAACUGCCUGUGCAAUUGGUAAACAAAUAGAUGCUCUGGUAGAUAGUGCUUCAGCUGUUAAACUCAUUCAAACAGAAGAGGUGGCUGUAACAGCUAUGAAUUUGCUGGUUCAAGAAGCAAAGGCAGGGCGAAACAUCCCCAAGCUGGCUGCAGAUCUCCCCGACAUCGGGCAAAUGGCCAAGGGGACACCACUGGCCCUCUCAAAGUCUGCACGGUCUGGCUUCAUUGCCCUCAAUGCACUUUUCAUUGGCCUCGAUGUCUUAUUCAUUUGUAAAGAUAGCAUAAGUCUUUCAAAAGGGAGCAAAAAUGAGAUGGCCCAGCUGAUCCGCUCCAGGGCUGCUCUGUGGCGCUCAGAGCUGGACUCCUGGGAGAAGAUGCACGACUCUCUGUGCAGAGGGAUCUGGAGGUUCAGGAGGAGUCAGACUAUACUGGAGCAGCCAUUUUACCCCAAGUAGGCCUCGUAAACGAUUCUGCUGUGGUGAAAUCCACACCUGUCAGGAUUAAGAUAGACAUGUGUGCCUUUAUGUGUAAAUAAUGAAUUCAAACAUAUUUUUUCAAAAAUACGUACUAUAAUGCACUUUUGCUAGAAUAAAAUUCCAAAGAGUUUCAAAGUUGUCCCAAAGUUGACUAGACAGAAAUAUUUUGUCGUCAAAGCACUCGCCUCUGAGUAAAGUUAGUAGAGUUUAGAACUCUUUAUUUUACAUUGGGGUAGUUGAUACAAUACUAAAAUGCUGUAUUUUAGCAUUUUAGUAUUUUUACAUGCACCAUAUCAGUACUCCUGUCAGUGGCGGAACAAUUGCACACAGGACCCCAGGGCAAGACACUUAUAGGGCCCCCUUUACAGCUUACCAAGCUCACAAUAGUGCCUCCCCCACUUAUACGGGAGGGACCUGGACCCAGGGGCAAGUGCUCUGCUUGCCCUUCCUAUAGCUCCGCCCCUGACUCAGGUGCAAACCCUCGGGUGAAGAAGUACAUUAGUUUAAGAAUGAUUUUGUACAGU